AUGGCACCGCUGAAGCCCGACUGGCCACGGCCAUCGCACCCAGAGAUCCAAGAAGUGGUGUUUGGCGAGGAAGGGGAGUUCACCUCUAAGAGCCUGUCGAGAGUCGCCGUCCCGCCGUUUGGUGUGUUUGCCGACAUGACCUUUCCGCCAUGUGUCCUCAUCGAGAAGCCCUCGUACGCCUCGGUCCAGGUCGAUCAGGACAAGCAUAUCCUUCUGAACAGUGAUUUGCUGUAUAUGAACCACUCCUGCGAUCCGUCUCUGAUCCUCGACACAAGCAGCAUGCAGGUCCUCGCUGGUCCCAAAGGUCUACAGCCAGGUGACGAGCUGACAUUCUUUUAUCCCUCCACGGAAUGGUUCAUGGCCCAGCCCUUUACCUGCCUCUGCGGUUCCUCUCGCUGCCGCGGUACCAUCUCGGGCGCGAGGGACAUGACCUCCUCGGAGCUUGAAGGGUACUGGCUGAGCGGGCACAUCAGAAGCAUG